AUGCCCCGGGGCGCCGCAUCCUCAACCACAACAGCUACGGCAGGUUAUCACCCCCAAGGUGACACCAGGGCACACUGCCCGUUAGACACGGUUGAUAGCUCCAUCAUUUACCCCGGUGAUCCCUAUGAUGUACAGGCUAUCGUUGACUACCUCAAGACCGUGAAGGAAUUUUCUUCGACGUACACGCCACCAGGGGGGGCGAAAACCGACAGAAAGGAAAUUCGUUUCUUGCCAACUGCCGAGUUCCCGGAGGAAAACAGGGGCGUCGUGCGGAGUGAAUACGGCACCCAAGUCGCCAGUAAGGCGUACGGCGUUCUGCUGGGGUUAGCCAAAAAUGCAGAGCUAGUGGUCGUCAACAACUUAAACUGCGACCCCGAGGACAAAUUCAACUAUAUACACGAGCGAUACCUGGCCAGUCUAGUCGCAGUCCUGGACGACGUGUUGGAACACUACCCUGAAAACAUGGGCAAGGUCAUCGUCAACAUGUCUUUCGGGUGGGUGGAUCACGAGAUUUCGUACAUGCACAGCGAACACUGGGAGACUUUUCGGAGGAUUUUAAAGGAACUAGACGAUCUCGGCGCUGUCCUCGUCGCGGCAUCCCACAAUCAAUACCUAUCGUGUGCCGACGUCAGGAACGGGUUGGACGGGUGGCCCAGCCGGUUUGCCGACCCGGACAUCCCAGAAGACCAGGCGGUCAGGAACCUCAUCGUGGUGAGCGGGAUUGACAAGAACUCCCGGGUUUCCUGGCACAAUCCAUACGCCAGUUGGCGGGCUAUGGCACCAGGACACCGAGUCAACGUAGCAACUGGGUCCGAGCCCAAGAUCGGUAUCAGUGGCGGUGCAUCUCUCGCGACCGCCCACGUUGUCGGCGUAAUCGCGUACUGGAGAGGGCUCAAGAUCCCCGAGUCGUCGGGCUGGGCAGACGAGUUGAAAGAACCUACCAAGGUCAAGAAACUUGUGCUGUACAUGCACCGAAAGCUCGACUACGAUGACUUUCCCAUCUCGGGUGAACACCACGCGGAUCUUCAGCCCAGGGAACAGGACGAUUUCCAGGCCCAGCUCGGCGCCGCCCGCAGCAAGAUAGUGACGAGUCUGACGACGAUACCAUCGCGCAGGGCCGGCAGGGCCGGCAGGGCGGCCCGCCGAUCCGGUUCCGCCACACGGACGGCCACGGAGCGACGAAUCAACCUAUUUGUUCACGACUAA